AUGGCGACCUCUACCGGUGCCGGGUGGGCACAACUGCGGCAGCAGGCCAGAUCUCUCGAAACUCAGACUGAGAACCUCUUUCACACCUACUCCCAAUUUGCGUCGAUGACGAAACUGCCUCCGCAGCCCUCAGAAGAAGAAUCCAGGAACCAGACCCAGAUCAAAGACCUUUUGGAAAAGCGUGAAUCUUUAGUCGCCCAACUAGCCCGCCUCCUGGACUCCGAAGCCACACUCACCUCCUCGGCCCUCAAACAGAAUAACCUAGCCCGCCACCGCGAAAUCCUCACAGAACACAGACGCGAGUUAUCCCGCCUCACAUCUGCAAUUGCAGAGUCUCGAGAUCGCGCAAACCUUCUCUCAAAUGUGCGUUCCGACAUUGAUGCCUACCGCUCUUCAAACCCCGCUGCUGCAGAGGCAGAGUACAUGCUCGAGGAGCGACGUCGUAUUGACGAGAGCCACGGGGUGAUGGAUGGUGUACUCAGCCAGGCAUACGCGAUUAACGAAAAUUUCGGCAUUCAACGCGAGACGAUCACUAGCAUCAACCGCAGGAUUGUGGGUGCUGCAAGCCAUGUUCCUGGAGUAAAUGCUUUGAUUGGAAAGAUUGGGAAUAAGAGGAGGAGGGAUGCGCUUAUCCUGGGAGGUUUUAUUGGAGUCUGCUUUCUGAUGCUGCUUUUUUUUCGAUGA